AUGGCAUCCCUAGCAAACGACGAGGAGAUGGAGGACAUCCAGCCCCUCCAUAUCCCCUCCAACCCAUAUGCAACCUCGUACAAGUCAAAUUACACCGUACCGGACAAUGGUAUCCUGGACGCCCAAGACCUCGUUCUUCUGCAGCACCUCAACUGCUCAUACUUCUCUUCCGGUCGUCCUCCCACUCUUCUCGCCCUCAAGCAACACGCUCACUCUCUUGUCAACAUCAUCCGUAAGCUUGCCUUGACGUCCAACACUCAACAUGUGGGCGAACGUUCAGGCUAUCGCUUUGAGGAACACGAGGCGUUUGACUGGUUGAACAACCUUGACGAACCCUACGAGAAUGACGACCCGUCUCAUCACGAUCCUCUUUGGGCACUGCAAAACACUGUCAAAUCCGAGUCGGAGACAUUUGGUAUUGAGCACCAUUGUCCUUUGACGCUGGUCGAGGAUAGUGGUCCCUCCGCCAAGGGGGGAGAUCAACGCCGUCCAUACAUGACACACCAUGAUCUGGUCAUGCACGCCAACGAAUGCCUUGAAAUUCUCGAUCAUGAAUACGGCGCUACUGGUGGCCUCAUGUCUAUCCUUCCAACCGGUUUCGAAGCCCCCAAAGAUCUAAAGGCAGCACAGGGCAUGUCUGAAAGGCAAUUGGAAGGCGCACGGAACUGUCUCCUGGGUCAGUGGCUUCUGAACCAUCAGCAUCUCAUGGGUCGAAUGCACGAGCUCGAGAUCAGUUAUGCCAACGCCCUUGAUGUCAUGGCAGGCGAAGCUCUCGUCCCACAGCAGAUACUGGGCCGCUCCGGUCCUGAUGGCGUUUCAGGGGGGCGGCAGAUUGUGUAUCCACAGGACAAGUUCAUUCUUGUCAACUCGGGUCCAGAUGUUACGGGCUACAUCCACAGACUUCUCGACGCCGCUGAAGCGCAGAUUGAACAGAAGGAAAAGAUCUGGAAAGCAAGCGGUGUAGUUGGCGAGCGCAUAUGGCGUGAAGAACGAGGCGGGAAAGUCUACGCCAGGGGCAUUGUCCCUAUCGACAUUUCAUCUCGAUUCUAUCGUAUCAAGGGCAAGGGAUCGCAGUCUCCCCUCUUCGUCAUCCCCGCAGCCGAUCAGCAUCCAGGAACUGCGCAGACACGAAUCAUCGAGAGCAAGCCUACCGUGGUAUCUGUCGUGACGCCUACUUGGCCAGAGCGCGUGUCUGAUAUAGAGGCCAGGAACAAGGAGCGUCUGGCUCGGGCGGCGCAGCUGGAGACGGAGAACCGGACUUUACUUCGUGAGAGGGUUGAGAUGCAGGAUAUGAUUGCUGUCAAAACUGCAGAGAUUAGAAGCAUGAAUGAUCAGUUGGCUUGGUAUGAGGAGAAUGCCGAAGUUCAGAGAAAAUGA